CCUUACCCUAUGUUUCCGCGCUUCGCUUCUUCACUCUCUCAUCGCUUGCAACCAAAUUUCACGAACCAGGGGUUUUCAUUUCUCACUUCUCACUCACUCUUCCAUGGCUCAACGCGCCACAUCCGAUUCUCGCACUCCAUUGCAGAUCCCCAAAGAUGUUCAAGGCUCUGAGAAUCCAAUUCCACUUUCACCACAAUGGCUUCUGCCAAAGCCCGGGGAAAGUAAAUCUGGAACAGGAACUGUGGAAAACCAUGUGGUUUCAAGUCCUCCAUUUGGCCAUCGCAUGGAGACCACUAAGACAUCUGGAAAUGGAGAGGAUGUGUAUGAUGCUCAUAAGCGAAAGGAUGUCUUUAGGCCAUCCAUGCUUGACUCAGAAAGUGGACGCCGUGAUCGUUGGCGUGAUGAAGAGCGGGACACUAAGUCCUCCAUACGGAAGGAUCGGUGGAGGGAUGGAGAGAAAGAUCUUGGUGAUUCUCGGAGAGUGGAACGUUGGACAGAAAAUUUGCCUUCAAAGAACUUUGGAGAAGUUCGUCGUGGUGCUGCUGAUAGACGGAAUGAUUCGGGAAACAGAGACACUAACUUUGACCAGCGGCGUGAGAGUAAGUGGAACACACGCUGGGGUCCCGAUAAUAAGGAACCGGAAGGUCUUCAUGAAAAAUGGAGCGACUCUGGAAAAGAAGGUGAUAUACAUCUGGACAAAAGGCUGUCUCACACUUCUAAUCAUGGAAAGGAUGAAAAAGAGGGAGAUCAUUAUCGGCCAUGGAGACCUAGCUUCUCACAGGGCCGCGGAAGGUUAGAUUCUCCCCAUCACCAUAACAGUACACCAAACAAGCAGGGCUCUGCAUAUUCCUAUGGACGUGGCCGUGGUGAGAAUACGACGCCAGUCUCUACUCUAGGACAUGGCCGGGGUGGCUCUGGUGGUAGCUUCAUGAAUAACUCUAUUCCUGGAACAUUACUGGAACAAGUUGAAAGUGGACAUGGGGAACCUUCUCCCUUUAGAUAUAGUAGGACAAAGUUGUUUGAUGUGUACAGAGUGACUAAAAUGGAAACAAAUAGAAAACUAGUUGAUGAUUUUGUGCAGGUAGCUAAUCUUACACAGGAUGAUCCAUUGGAACCUCUAGCCCUUCUGGCACCAAAUCCCGAGGAAAUGUCUAUCUUAAAGGGUAUUGAUAAAGGGGACAUUAUUAGUAGUGGGGCACCUCAGAUGCCUAAAGAUGGAAAGAGCUCAACAGAGUUUACACAUACUAGGCGAAUGAUGCCUGGAAGUGCAUCUCUGCAAGAUAGAGUUGAAGAUGGAGACCAUAACAGAGUGUCUGAUGAGGUACACGGUAAUAGAGAAUUGUCAGUUGAAGGAAAUAGUUCUGUUCAUCCUGGUGUUGCACGGCAAACCAUGCCAGCAGGUGAACAUGGAUCCACCCUUUUGCAUGAUAAUAGAGAUGCAACCAAUGGUCUAAGGUCAAGAAAUUUGGAUUAUUCAUCUGACUCAAAAGAUGUAGGGAGGUGGCAAUCCAAUGAAGAUCCCAUUCUUAAGAGGCAGCUAUCUGGCAUUUUGGAUAGUGAACUUGGAAGCAGAAAAGUAAUGCAGAUGGCUCCAGAGGAGUUAUCGCUUUUCUAUAAGGAUCCUAAGGGUCAAAUUCAGGGUCCAUUCAAAGGAGUUGAUAUUAUUGGAUGGUUUGAGUCUGGAUAUUUUGGUAUUGACUUACCUGUUCGUCUCGAUAAUUCAGCAGCUGAUUCACCAUGGUUACCUCUUGGUGAUGUCAUGCCUCAUUUACGAGCUAAAGCUCGACCACCUCCAGGGUUUUUUGCUACUAAACCAAAUGACUAUACUGACAUCUCUGGCCGUCAAACUUCUGGCCCCUCUGGGAAUAUCCUUGCUGGUUCAACUGACAUUGAGAUGUUGAGAAGUGAUCCUAGGCUUAGGCAAGCUUCUGCCACGGAAGCUGAAAAUAGAUUUCUGGAAUCACUUAUGUCUGGUAACAAAGGAGGUCCUCCGCUUGAAAGUCUGGCAUUAUCCGAAGGUUUACAAGGGUUUAUUGGGAAUAAUUCUGGUAAUCUUGGCCCAUCAGGAGUAGAUAAUGGAAGCAACCUUUACUUACUUGCUAAUAGUUUAGCACUUGAGCGACAGAGGUCCUUACCCAGUCCUUAUCCGUAUUGGCCAGGGCCAGAUGCAGCUUCCCUUGCACCAAAAGCGGAUAUUUCCCUGGAUGCAGCACUGCAUUCAAAACUUUUAUCUUCAGCAAGCGACAAUUCUCGGCAACCUCAAUCCCAAAAUUCCGAUUUGCUGUCAAUCAUCCAGGGAUUAUCCGACAGGACAUCCGCUGGUUUAAAUAGUGGUGCUUCUGGAUGGCCGAAUCAUCCCUUGCAGGGUGGAUUGCAUCCCCUUCAGAAUAAAUUUGAUUUUCAUCAUGAUCAGAAUUUUUCUCAAGUGCCAUUUGGCAUUCAACAGCAAAGGCUUCCACCACAAAACCAAUUAUCAUUGGGCAAUUUACUGGGCCAGGCAGCUGAUAACUCCGCUAAUAUUUUGGUAGCAGAGAAGCUACCUUCUUCUGGUAUAUCGCAAGAUCCAGAAGUAUUGAAUUUGUUACAGCAACAAUACUUGAUGCAGUUGCAGUCUCAGGCAGUUGCUCCAGCUCAGCAGAUGCCAUUGUUGGACAAACUAUUGCUGCUGAAGCAGCAACAAAAGCUGGAGGAGCAGCAGCAGUUAUUGCGGCAGCAGCAGUUGCUGUCUCAAGUGCUGCAAAACCAGCAAUCCAACCAGCUAUUUGUUAAUUCUUCUUUUGGACAUAUGCAGGGUGGUGCACCUCCAAUUGGGAAUUUGCACAUGGAUCCUUCUCAACUUCGAUCACCGGAGAUAUUUCCCAUGAGCUCACAAUCACAUAUACCCAGUGUGCAUGAUGAGCCCCGUACUGAUUCUUUAAAUUUACCUAUGAACAGCCAAGACACUAGUUAUAAUGUAAGCAAUGGAGCUUCUCCUUUAAAUCUGCCACAUCAAUUAUUUGGCAAUACUGGUUCUCAGAAAAGCUGGGGCCCUGUGGUUCCUGAACAAAUUAAUGAGAAGAAUCAGGAGAUGUUCCCUGCACCAACGGUCGUUGAUAGUCCCCAAUUACCUGAUCAGGAAAUAUCUAAAGAGGAACCCCAGAUUGAAGAGCAACCUCUCUCUGUUUCAGACUUUACUUCUAAGUCUCUGGAGAAUCCUGGUGAUUCUAUUAAUUGUGCAACUGAAUCAUGUGAGAUUGAAUUGCCCCUAAGCAUAGACCUGAAGGACAAAUCAAAUAUUGCGCAUAAAGAGCAGCAGGCUGAAAGAGAAAGCAACGAUGUUGAGCUGUCAGUGGUAGUACAAAAUAUUGACGCGCCAGAACCCAAAAAGGUUAAUGAAAAGAAAUCCAAAAAGCAAAAAUCUUCAAAGCCAUCUGACCAAGCAAAGGGAUUGCCCAAAAAUGCAUCUUUGCAGCUGUCGAAGCAAUCAGAACCUGGAAAGCCAGAUUCUACUGAAACAAAUCUGAAACAAACAAUAGGUAAGGGAAACCAAAUUGGAGUUGCUGGCAAAGAGUCUGCUAAUUAUGAGGAUAAUGGCAUGCCUGCUGGUGUUCCUGAAAACAUCGAUGAAGCAGGUGAUAGGCUUGAGUCAAAGGUAGUUGAUUCUGUUUCCAAACAGCAUAAUAAAAUACCUGCAGGACGUGCCUGGAAGGCUGCUCCUGGUGCUAAGCAAAAGUCUCUGAUAGAAAUUCAACAGGAAGAACAAAGAAAGGCAGAGGCACAAAUGCUUGUAUCUGAGGUUGCUACAUCUGUCAAUUCAAUGAGUCUGGCGACACCCUGGGCUGGGGUUGUUGCCAAUCCAGACUCUGGAAAGGUGUCUGGUGAAAGUCACAGAGAAGGAGGCACUGCUGAUCAUCUUGUUAAAACAGAAACAUCUCAAAAUCUUAAGAGCAAGAAAAGUCCGCUCCAUGAUCUAUUGGCAGAAGAAGUUUCAAAGAAAUCUGAUGAAAAAGAUGCUGAGUUUCCUGAUAAUAUAUCAUCCUCACAAAAUAUUGCUGUGCAGUCAGAAUCACUGGAUGAUUCAGAAUUCAUUGAGGCAAAAGAUAGCAAAAGAAGCCGAAAAAAGUCAAAAUCAAAGGGUUCAGUUGUUAAAGCUUCUGUGCCCAAUGCAACUGUUGGGGAAGUGCCCGUUUCUUUGAGUCCCACUGAGAAAGGGAAAAGCUCCCGCUCUUCUCUGCAGGAAAAAGAUGUACUGCCUGCCAUACCUGCACGCCCUUCUUUGGGAGACUUUGUUCAGUGGAAAGGGGAAAGAGAGCCACCUAGCCCAACUCCUUCUCUGGCAUGGUCUUCUGAUUCUGUUAGGUUUCCUAAACCAACAUCAUUAAGGGACAUUCUAAAGGAGCAGGAGAAGAAGUCGUCUUCUGCUGUCACAGCAAGCCCGAUGCCUACCCCUCAGAAAGUGCAGCCUUCCCAGCCUACACGGAAUGGUGGUUCUUCACGGUCAAUCUCAGCUUCCUCUCCAUCCAAAGCUGCCUCUCCAAUGCAGAUAAACUCUCAUGCUUCUUUGCAGUCAAAAUACCCUGGGGAUGAUGAUUUCUUCUGGGGUCCAAUUGAGCAAUCUAAGCAAGAGACUAAGCAAUCAGAUUUCCCUCAGCUUGGACAAGGGAACUGGGGUUCAAAGAAUGUACCCAUUAAAGGGAGUUCACCUGCAUCUUUAACUCGUCAAAAAUCAGUGAGCGGUAAACCAAAUGAGCAACGUUCUCUACUAUCAUCAUCGCCUGCCUCAUCUCAAUCCAUGCUGAAAACAAAAAAAGAUGCCAUGACUAAGCAUUUUGAGGCAAUGGGCUUCCGAGAUUGGUGUGAGAGUGAGUGCGAUCGGCUAAUAGGUACAAAAGAUACAAGUUUCCUUGAAUUUUGCUUGAAGCAAUCGAGAUCCGAAGCCGAGUUGCUUCUCGUAGAAAACCUUGGAUCAUAUGACCCGGAACAUGAAUUCAUUGAGAAGUUCCUCAACUACAAGGAUAUGUUACCAUCAGAUGUUUUGGAAAUAGCCUUCCAGAGCAAAACCGAUAAGAAAGCUACUGGACUCGGUGCCGGGGUUGUGUUAUCUGCUAAUGCAGAUAUGCAGGAUAUGGACAACACAGAAGCAUCUGGGAGAGGGGGUGGAAAGAAGAAGGCAAAGAAAGGGAAAAAGGUUAGCCCUGCAGUUUUGGGAUUCAAUGUUGUGAGUAACAGGAUCAUGAUGGGUGAGAUUCAGAGAGUAGAAGAUUAAGGGAUUUUCAUGCGAGCAUGGCGGAAGUAGCACAAAAGGGACUUGGAAAUCAUGUUCUAAUCAAGUUGAACUAACUAUAUCUAACUGAUUCUGAAACUAACUUGGCUUAUUUAACUAGUCUAAUCUCCUAACGAGCUGAAAUGGUUAUUUAACUAGUCUUAGAGAUCCAACCUGUAGGACAAGACAUCAUCACAUAUAACACAGAUCAUAGAUGGAAUUAAAUACUAUAACCAUGUUGGAUUAUCAAUAAUUCAAUAUGUUUCAAAAAUCAGUUAUACUGCUAAUUUAAUUACACCUGUAUCCCUGUAUUAGCAACAUUAACUCAGGCAUUAGGGCAAACACUUUGUGUGCACCAACAAUAACAAUUAUGCACACCAGAAAUUCUAAUGGCUUUAUGGUGCCUUUCUAUUUU